ACUGAACAAAUCUCUGCCAAGAAGCUAAAAUCUUCUAAAUGUGAGGAUCUGUCAAUGGAGUUUGGUUAGAAAUCGUAUCGCGUCUGUAGCUGUCGUAAAACAUCAAGAGUUUACGACAUACCGUAUUCCGGUCGGUCCAGCGAGACAACACGUGAAAGCAGAAAACAGUUUGUUAACUAACAGAUUGAACUGGUUCUGUCUGUGAACUUUAAUCCGACUGAAGUUCAGCAGCACAGAGACCCCGACCCGGAGCGGAGACCCCGACCCGGAGCGGAGACCCCGACCUGGAGCGGAGACCCCGACCCGGAGCGGAGACCCCGACCCGGAGCGGAGACCCCGACCCGGAGCGGAGACACAGGCCGGCAACAUGCUGUAUCUGAUCGGCCUCGGGCUUGGGGACGCGGCGGACAUCACGGUGAAGGGACUGCAGGCGGUGAAGAGCUGCUCCAGAGUUUACCUGGAGGCCUACACCUCCAUCCUGACGGUGGGGAAGGAGGCUCUGGAGGAGUAUUAUGGGAUGGAGCUGAUCCUGGCUGACAGGGACCUGGUGGAGCAGGGCGCUGAUGAGAUCCUGAAGGAUGCGGAUGUGACUGAUGUGGCGUUCCUGGUGGUGGGCGACCCGUUCGGAGCCACCACACACAGUGACCUCGUUCUGAGAGCAGUGCAUGCUGGGAUACCGUACAAAGUCAUCCACAACGCCUCCAUCAUGAACGCAGUGGGCUGCUGUGGUCUGCAGGAACACGUCCAGAAGAUGUGGACAGAUUGUGAGGUUGCGAUCAGCUGCUGGGGCAGAGGCAGAGCUCAGCUGUAUAAUUUCGGGGAGACGGUGUCUUUGGUGUUUUGGACGGACACGUGGAGACCAGAGAGCUUCUAUGACAAAAUCUGUAAAAACAGAACUGCUGGACUGCACACACUCUGUCUGCUGGACAUCAAAGUCAAAGAGCAGAGCAUCGAGAACAUGAUGAGAGGAAAGAAGAUCUACGAGCCUCCUCGCUUCAUGACGGUCAGUCAGGCGGCAGAUCAGCUGAUUCAGAUCAUCCAGAGGAGGAGAGAGGAGGGGGCGGAGCUAGGUGUGACAGAGAACACAGUGUGUGUGGGCGUGGCCCGGCUCGGCGCCGAUGACCAGAGGAUCUGCACCGCGACAUUACGACAGCUGGUGUCCUGUGACCUCGGUGGCCCGCUCCAUUCGCUGGUCAUCACCGGUCAACUCCACCCACUGGAGGUGGACAUGCUGCGAGUGAACGCAGAACCAAAUGCACUGGAACACCUGCACAUGCUCGACAGCUCCACCUACUGCUCGUGACUCACAGGUGUGUUUGUCUAAAUACCGAAACCUGAUUCUGACCUAAACCUCAGAACCACAUCCUCAAACUCACAAAAUGAGGACACACGUUCAUCAAGUUCAUUUAAAGAACAUUUAUGAUCCAUAACUUCUGUUCACAUUGAAACAUCUGAAGGCUGAUUUGUAGAAACAUUAAAUUCUGGGAAACUGUUUGUGAUGUCAUCAAUAAAGACGCAGAUCAAUGAUGA